AUGGCAACUUCAGAACACACGGACUCGGAGUCCAAACCGUCACCCACAGUCGUCCACAGCCAACCACAGCCCACCAGUCGUCCACAGCCAACCACAGCCCACCAGUCGUCCACAGCCAACCACAGCCCACCAAUCACCCACAGUCGUCCACAGCCCACCAGUCACCCACAGCCCACGAGUUACCCACCACAGUCACCCACAGUUGUCCACAGCCAACCACAGCCCACCAGUCACCCACAGUCGUCCACAGCCCACCAGUCACCCACAGCCCACAGUCACCCACAGCCAACCACAGCCCACCAGUCACCCACCACAGUCCACCACAUCCGUCCACAGUCCACCAGUCGUCCACAGCCAACCACAGCCCACCAGUCGUCCACAGCCAACCACAGUCCACCAGUCGCCCACCACAGUCACCCACAGUCGUCCACAGCCAACCACAGCCCACCAGUCGUCCACAGCCAACCACAGCCCACCAGUCGUCCACAGCCAACCACAGCCCACCAGUCGUCCACAGCCAACCACAGUCCACCAGUCGCCCACCACAGUCACCCACAGUCGUCCACAGCCAACCACAGCCCACCAGUCGUCCACAGCCAACCACAGCCCACCAGUCGUCCACAGCCAACCACAGCCCACCAGUCGUCCACAGCCCACCAGUCACCCACUACAUUCACCCACAGUCGUCCACAGUCCACCAGUCACCCACCACAUUCACCCACAGUCCACCAGUCGCCCACUACAUUCACCCACAGCCCACCAGUUACCCACUACAUUCACCCACAGUCCACCAGUUACCCACUACAUUCACCCACAGCCCACCACAGUCGUCCACAGCUCACCAGUCGCCCACUACAGUCACCCACAGUCGUCCACAGCCAACCACAGCCCACCAGUCCCCCACUACAUUCACCCACAGUCGCCCACCACAUUCACCCACAGCCCACAGUCGCCCAUCACAUUCACCCACAGUCGUCCACAGCCCACCAGUCCCCCAUCACAUUCACCCACAGUCGCCCACUACAUUCACCCACAGCCCACAGUUGCCCACUACAUUUACCCACAGCCUUCCAGUCGCCCACUACAUUCACCCACAGUCCACCAGUCGCCCACUACAUUCACACACAGCUCACCAGUCGCCCACUACAUUCACCCACAGUCCACCAGUCGCGCACCACAUUCACACACAGUCCACCAGUUGCCCACUACAUUCACCCACAGCCCACCACAGUCGUCCACAGCUCACCAGUCGCCCACUACAUUCACCCACAGUCCACCAGUCACCCACCACAUUCACCCACAGUCCACCAGUCGCCCACUACAUUCACCCACAGCCCACCACAGUCGUCCACAGCUCACCAGUCGCCCACUACAUUCACCCACAGUCCACCAGUCGCCCACCACAUUCACACACAGUCCACCAGUCGCCCACUACAUUCACCCACAGCCCACCACAGUCGUCCACAGCUCACCAGUCGCCCACUACAUUCACCCACAGUCCACCAGUCGCCCACUACAUUCACCCACAGCCCACCACAGUCGUCCACAGCUCACCAGUCACCCACUACAGUCAACCACAGUCGUCCACAGCCAACCACAGUCGUCCACAGCCAACCAGUCCCCCACUACAUUCACCCACAGUCGCCCACCACAUUCACCCACAGCCAACCACAGCCCACCAGUCCCCCAUCACAUUCAACCACAGUCACCCACUACCUUCACCCACAGUCGCCCACUACAUUCACCCAGUCGCCCACUACAUUCACCCACAGUCGCCCACUACAUUCACCCACAGUCGCCCACUACAUUCACCCACAGUCGCCCACUACAUUCACCCAGAGCCCACCAGUCGCCCACUACAUUCACCCACAGCCCACUACAUUCACCCACAUCCGUCCACAGCCCAGCUAA